CCCCUGAUUGUUUUGCUGCUGUUCAUACCUGCAUGUCAGAUUUGUGCAAGAAGAAGCAGGCGCUUUAUCGUGAUAUCUGUGAUGAUGAAGCGUGCCAAAUAAAAGGCUCACCAGUCUGUAACAUGACCAUCCAGGCCAUACUGGACCAGUAUCCCACUCUGCAGGGGUGUGUGUGCGCCUGGGAGGGGGAGCUCUGUGACUCUAUACAAGCACUGGCCACACAAUGCAGUCCAAAGACAGCUCAGCCGAGGAGGAGAACAUUGCAGGACUGGCAGUCGAGCACUUUGAUACACUACGUGUACGAUGAUUCUGGAUCCUGCUUGGACAGAAUGAAAAUCUGUGUCAGUGAUGCGGUUUGCAACAGGUACCUGGCACCUGUUCUCCAGGUGUGUACAGAGGAGCAGUGUGACAGUGACAUCUGCCAACAAGUGACUCAGCAGUUUUACAGCAGCAUGCCACUCUAUGUGGCAGAGAUGUUGGUCCUGUGUGAGUGUGAAGCUUCAGAUCAGAGCUGUCUGCACAUCAAAACCGCUCUGCAAAGUGGCACCUGUAGAGACUCGACAUGGAUCUGCCAAGAGACUGUGAGCCAGUGUGCUGAGGACCAAACCUGCAGAAUUCUUUUAAAGACUUUCAGAGAGACAUGCUGGAGUUCUGAAGAGGCACAAUGCAGCGACACUGCCCUCCAGUCGGAUGAAUGUUUCACCCGAAUGGAUCCUCGUCUCAUCCUCAGUGCAGAUCCAGAUUGUAGAGCAUCCUUUUUGGCCACUCUGGGCACCGUACUUCACUACCCUUGUACCUGCAAAGGAAUAUACAAUGAAGAUCUGCUGACGUGCAGCAUGAUUCAUGAUGUUUUUCAUAACAGAUCGCACUUCAUGAAGUCGUGGAAAAAAAGCAGCAUUGGUCCUUCAACGCCUCCAGAAAUGAACCAUUCAGAGGACAGUCAGAUGUGGUCAAAUGAUUAUCUUCUGUAUACUCUUGCAACCUUGGUACUCGUUGGAUUGGUGAUAUUUCUGCCUCUGGCUGUUAUCAGUAAAAUAUGGAAGCUGAGAAGAAGAGAUAAAACUAAAUUUCACCAUCCACAGAAAAGCACCUUAGUUGUCAGUCACUGAUACUCAUGCAUGUUCUAAAAGUGUGUGUGCAAAAUCAUUAUUAUCAUUAUUUAUUCAAUACACAACAUAUUUAAGAUGUACAUCUGAAUGUUACUUUUUCAUAAUAUUGAUCAACUGUUCACAGAGUCAACAUAAAGGCAGCUGUGAGAGAUUAGAUGUGCUCUCUGGUCUGGCAGGCUCUUUUCUUCUAUCACAAAAGAAAAUGUUUUCUGUGAAGCUUCUUCAGAAUCAAUCAAAGGUCAUUGGUUAUUUAUCUUGUCAUGUGUUUCAUGCUGUCAUCAGUCAUACAUUUUUAUAUUAAGACAACACACUUGGACCUUCUGAGGUUGCAGACUGUUGCCUGCUGUCGUUUUGUGAUGAUGUAUUGUUGCCGUUAGU